AUGUGCGGAGCGCCGGGGAGGGUGGGCACCGUCUGGGAGAAGCGUCCACCUGGCUUCGCUCGGGCGAACCGACCGCAGCCGCUCCCGCCUGACUCGUGGGGACGUGGACGCGGCAGGUCCACAGAUUUGUCCCCGCGAGGGGCCAGCGUGGCCCAAGCUGCCAGGCUCAGACGCUGGUUCUUCGGCCGCGCGGCACCCCACCUCAGCCUCGGGUCAGCGCGGCCCAGUGGCUGA